AUGAGGAAUAAAGUAGGCAUCUUAGCGGAUUGUGAGCUUAGGGAGGAAGUGAUUGAGGAUGAGAAAGUGUCAAAUCUCAUCUCACAUGUUUUUGGAAGACCUUUUGUGAUGGAUUCAAUUUUGUCACCACAAAUAUCGACUCUUGGAUUAUAUUCAAAUUCAUCUGAUGGAGGUUUGUUGAACCAAGAUAUAUGUGUCUCUCCCAUUAGAAAUCAUCCUCUUCGUCAAGAAAACAAUCAUAAUAGUAAUAAUGUUCAUGCACAUUCAAUGAUCUCUCCAUCACCACAAGAACAUGAUGAAUGUAAUCAUGAUAGUAGGCAGCAAACAAUUAUGUUUGAGACUGUUGUUGCUUCUAUGAAUGAAAUGGUUGAACUUUGGAAGAUGAAUGAUCCAUUUUGGGUAGAUUCAUCAAGUGAUAGGCGGUGUUUUAUUCAUCGUGAGAUUUAUGGAAGAAAAUUUUCAAAUCAAGUUCUACCUCCCCAAACAUCAACGGGUCGAAUUGAAUCAUCAACGGAUUGUGGAAUUGUGUCAAUGACUGCAGUUGAGUUGAUCCAUAAUUUUCUUGAUCCAGUA